GUUGUCUAGGCCUCGGGGGCGACUGGUUCAUUGACCAGGCGGCUGAGUUUCGCGAGGUCUGCGGGUUUAGGGCGCCGACGCUCUUCAAAUGGCAGCGGAGACCAUAACGCGUCGCGGCCGGGAGAAUCGGAGCGAGCCAGGCCUGAGGGCGAAUGUCCCGGGAGGGCUCGUGGCGGCCCUGGCCUCGCUUCCCCCUUUCUCGUUGCAUCUUCCCCUACGUAGGGGCAGGGGCAGGGGCAGGGGCAGGGGCUGGGGCUGGGGGUGGCAGUUGGGAGCACCGUCUCUGACACUUUGGCCCCGGGGUGGCUGUGCCACCAAGUCGUAGGCGAGCGUAAUGAAAGCAAAGAUAGCAAAUUGUAAGGAGGGCUUUGACUUUUGUCGUCUUCUGAAUGACGCACAGCUGAUGUCGUCCUAAUUAAGUGCAUUCGCUCCUAGUCUCUGGAAAUGCAAAUCAAAUAUGCGACAUGCGGCACUGCAUUUUUAAUGUUGACCAUAAUGUAAUGAUGAAGCAAAUUUUUUUUAGUUUUCGAAUCUGCACCUAUUUUGGCCAAGUAAAGACAGUAAAGUAGUGCGAGCCUCCUGAGAAUCUGAAUUUAUUGCCCUGGCACAUAAUUUUUAGCUCUUUCUCCCUUUGUCUCAUAACCAUGUCCACCAACGAGAAUGCUAAUACACCAGCUGCCCGUCUUCACAGAUUCAAGAACAAGGGAAAAGACAGUACAGAAAUGAGGCGUCGCAGAAUAGAGGUCAAUGUGGAGCUGAGGAAAGCUAAGAAGGAUGACCAGAUGCUGAAGAGGAGAAACGUAAGCUCAUUUCCUGAUGAUGCUACUUCUCCGCUGCAGGAAAACCGCAACAACCAGGGUACUGUAAAUUGGUCUGUUGAUGACAUUGUCAAAGGCAUAAAUAGCAGCAAUGUGGAAAAUCAGCUCCAAGCUACUCAAGCUGCCAGGAAACUACUUUCUAGAGAAAAACAGCCCCCCAUAGACAACAUAAUCCGGGCUGGUUUGAUUCCAAAAUUUGUGUCCUUCUUGGGCAGAACUGAUUGUAGUCCCAUUCAGUUUGAGUCUGCUUGGGCACUCACUAACAUUGCUUCUGGGACAUCAGAACAGACCAAGGCUGUGGUAGAUGGAGGUGCCAUCCCAGCAUUCAUCUCUCUGUUGGCAUCUCCCCAUGCUCACAUCAGUGAACAAGCCGUCUGGGCUCUAGGAAACAUUGCAGGUGACGGCUCAGUGUUCCGAGACUUGGUUAUUAAGUAUGGUGCAGUUGACCCACUGUUGGCUCUGCUUGCGGUUCCUGAUAUGUCAUCUUUAGCAUGUGGCUACUUACGUAAUCUUACCUGGACACUUUCAAAUCUUUGCCGCAACAAGAAUCCUGCACCCCCGAUAGAUGCUGUUGAGCAGAUUCUUCCUACCUUAGUUCGGCUCCUGCAUCAUGAUGAUCCAGAAGUAUUAGCAGAUACCUGCUGGGCUAUUUCCUACCUUACUGAUGGUCCGAAUGAACGAAUUGACAUGGUCGUGAAAACAGGAGUUGUGCCCCAACUUGUGAAGCUUCUAGGAGCUUCUGAAUUGCCAAUUGUGACUCCUGCCCUAAGAGCCAUAGGGAAUAUUGUCACUGGUACAGAUGAACAGACUCAGGUUGUAAUUGAUGCAGGAGCACUCGCUGUCUUUCCCAGCCUGCUCACCAACCCCAAAACUAACAUUCAGAAGGAAGCUACAUGGACAAUGUCAAACAUCACAGCUGGCCGUCAGGACCAGAUACAGCAAGUUGUGAAUCAUGGAUUAGUCCCAUUCCUUGUCAGUGUUCUCUCUAAGGCAGAUUUUAAGACACAAAAGGAAGCUGUAUGGGCCGUGACCAACUACACUAGUGGUGGAACAGUUGAGCAGAUUGUGUACCUUGUUCACUGUGGCAUAAUAGAACCGUUGAUGAACCUCUUAACUGCAAAAGAUACCAAGAUUAUUCUGGUUAUCCUGGAUGCCAUUUCAAAUAUCUUUCAGGCUGCUGAAAAACUAGGUGAAACUGAGAAACUUAGUAUAAUGAUUGAAGAAUGUGGCGGCUUAGACAAAAUUGAAGCUCUACAAAACCAUGAAAAUGAGUCUGUGUAUAAGGCUUCGUUAAGCUUAAUUGAGAAGUAUUUCUCUGUAGAGGAAGAGGAAGAUCAAAACGUUGUGCCGGAAACUACCUCUGAAGGCUACACCUUCCAAGUUCAGGAUGGGGCUCCUGGGACCUUUACCUUUUAGAUCACGUAGCUGAGGCAUACAUUUGUUGUGUACCAUGUUUGGUAUUUUGUCUUAUUGUUUCUCUACUAAGAACUCUUUUUAAAUGUGGUUUGUUAUUGUAGCACUUUUUACACUGAAACUAUACUUGAACAGUUCCAACUGUACAUACUGUAUGAAGCUUGUCCUCUGACUAGGUUUCUUAUUUCUAUGUGGAAUUUCAUAUCUUGCAGCAUCCUGUAAAUAAACAUUAAAGUCCACCCUUUUCUUUACUUCA